AUGGUAGGCGAUAAUGAGAUGGUAAUUGUGUCAAGUAUCCCGAGAUCGAGGAUUGGGGCCGUUAGGAGCCGACAAAGCCAUCUUUAUGAAUCGAUGUUGGGGGGAGGGGGCGAGUCGUCCUGGAGCUGGAAUGCAGUCUGGAAUUCUCUCAGUGCCCCAAGAGGAUAUCUACUCGGUUUCGACGACAUUCCAUACAUUCUUGAGUUUUCCUCCCCCUCCCUUAUGUUCCGAGAUAGAUUGCUGUCGAGAGUCCCUAGCCAUCUUGGAAGUACUGUUUGUUGCCACCAUUAUUUCGCCACUUUCUCCACUGCACUUGCAAAUAAUGGAGAAGACAAAUGUCAAGAAGAAAGGCGGAAUGAAGGAGACCGGACUGAGCCACUGGCGGUAGGUACCUGA